UGCACGGCCCCGCGAUGUCCCUGGUGCGGGUGACGCGGCCCCGCGCCCCGGGGAAGAAGCCGCCGAAGGCGAAGAAGAAGCCGCCGCCCAAGCGGGACUGGGACAGCACUGUCCAUGAUUUAACAGUGCAUCGUGCAACUCCUGAAGACAUGGUGCGCCGUCAUGAGAUACACAAGUCAAAGAACAAAGCACUGGUGCAUGUGGAGCUACAAGAGAGAGCAUUGAAGAGAAAAUGGAAGAAGCAGAGGCAGGGGGCUCCUGAUUCCCUAGAGAAAAGGAAGCUGGCCCUCAUGCGAGAGCUACUGCAGAACACUGGUUUCCCUAAUGUAACAAUGGCUCCUCAUUGUGACCUGGAAUCCUCUCAAGGUCCCAUUGUACAAAAAAGUGAUCCUCCCACACAGCUUUCCAUCCUUAGUGAAUCUAUCAUGGAUCCCCAGGCUCUCAAUGAAGUAGAAGGGGAAGAUUCCUCCAACUGUCAAUCAGAGGACAGUGUGAAUGAACAGGAUGUGUCUUUGCACUUCAAGUCCAACAUUGACACAAACAGGCUACUCCACUUACUGAAAGAAGAAAAUGCUGCUGGAGCUUCCCAGCUAUGGGCUGAGAAGCAACUGAGAACACCUACUCCAUCACAGAAAGCAAAUGUAGCUGUGACUCCAACAACUGCUUUGCCAUCAUCAGGAGCUGCAGCCCUCAAUGCUACCAGAGUAGUCCAGAGAGUCCAUUCAAGGCUUCAGAAUGAAGAUGAAGAACAGACUUCAGAUUCCUCUUACACUGUGAGACAAGUGCUGAACCCAAACCUAAGAAAGCAAAAGCAAGUUUCAACAAAAGUGAAAAGAAAUCAUACUGCACAGAUGGCUUCCAAACAGAGAAGAAAUGAUUCUCUUGCUAAUGCAGUUUCCUUCAAACUCCCAAGUGGCAAUAAAUCCAGCUUGGAUGUCCUGAAUCGCAUGAUUCACGAAGUGGAGCAUGAAAUGGAGGAAUAUGAGCAAUGGACAGGCCGUGAGGUACAGAGAAUGCAAAACGGUCAUGGCCUCACAGGGUUCACUGUGUCACUGGUGAACACACUCUGUCGUCUGAUGCGCUACCUCAAGGAGAGUGAGAUGCAGCUGCGUCAGGAAGCAACGAUGAGGCAGCAGCUUGAGGAGAUGCUGAAUGAACACAGAGCACUGAUUGAUGCUCUGACAACUGAAAUCCUUCUGGUCAGAGAAGAAAAUGCUGCCAUACAGAAAAGACUUCAGCAAUAUACGGUGGUAACAGAUGAACAGUUGAUUUCACUCACUCAAGCAUUCAAAAGCCUCCCUGUAACAGAUCCUAACAGAGGGCGAAGUCCAACAGAUGUUGGAGUUGCAGUCAACAGUCAAGAGAAGCCUGUAUUAUACUCCACUAUGCCCAGUACCGAUAUUUUCAGAAGGGAAAACACACUUGUAUUCUCACAGGAGGAGCUGCCUGUGAAACUUCCCCAGUGGUCAAGUCCCCCAGACACUGUAGUGGCAGGCAGCAGUUUGCCAGCUCAUAUGUUCCAGCCAGCUGUAUUGUUAUCUCCGCCUAGACAGAAAAGUAUCCAGGAAUUCUCUCCUCUUCAGAAUGCAUUGAAGAAGACAGUUCAAACAUAUCCUGCAUCCCACAUCUCUCCAUCUAUGGAAACCACUGUGAGAGAGCCAAACUGGCAAAAGAGCUCAUCUUCCUCUGUGGGAACUCAGAACACAAAUGAAGAGAAUCGUCUCCUCGCCCAGAGGUGGCGAAUUCCUCCUACGCACAAAGACUUGGAGAGUUCUUUACUGUCAGAUGGUCAGCAAGGAAGAAGCACCUUGUCCCCACUGGACAGAUGCGCCAUUGCUGGCUCUGAAGACGAGCAGAAGCCCAGUGCACCUGAGGAGCACACUCAAAGCAAUGAUCUGUUAGGACAGAUAGCUGAGCUAACACUGCAGAACUCUGUUAUCAAAGCUCAGCUGAGCAAAUUCAGAGACCGUUCUCAAGAGGCAGGGGAUGGCCUGCAUCAGCCAGUUACAAAGCAAAAUAUGAACCCUAGUUUAGGAUCGGCCAUGCAGGGACAGACUUUGCCAGAAGUACCAAAGAGCUUGGAGGAACGAAUAGCAGAGCUGAACCGCCAAAGUGCAGAAGCCCGUGGUAAACUGCUGCAGCUGAUAGACCAGCAAAAAUUGGCCACUGUCAACCCUCUCUCUCCACCAGUAUCGCCUGUUUUACCUCCCCCCAUAAAUUGGACUGAAAAUGAAAAGAGGACAAUUGAGGUGUCUGUUCCAGUGGCAGAAACUAUGGACCGCUCCAAAGGAGAUACUCCUUCCCCUGCCAGUGGGACCAGCGUAAGAAGAUCUACGGGUGCUUCUAGCAAGACUUGUUCUCCAUUAAGUACCACUUCGGGAAGUAUGAAAUUGACACCUGUCAAUCAGAGGACAAAGGUGGAGAGGCAAAGAGAAGAAGGCUGGUUUGCACUAUCAAUGCAUAUCAUGUAACUGAAGCUGAAUCACAUAGACUUUAUUUUUUAUAUAUAU